GAGUGAGCUCUGAUGCCUUGGAACAGAGCGCGACAUACUACUCAUUCCGCUGCCUGGAUCCAACGCAGUCCCAUUUUGCUUCGAUCGCCGUUGCCAGAUCUUGGCUCCGGACCACCUGCCGAGUUCGCUGCCCUCCUCUUCUACAUUUCGAGCUUCCAUUGCGGGAGCUCUUGAGCGCAGGUCAAAAUGGUUGCUAACGGUCAAGCUGCUGGAGGUUACGAGUGCCAGCCUCUACUUGAGUAUCGAACUGUGUCUGGUGUAGCCGGUCCACUUGUCAUCCUUGAGAAAGUCAAGGGUCCCAAGUACCAGGAGAUUGUGAAUCUCCGUUUGGGUGAUGGCACACGUCGAAGGGGUCAGGUCCUGGAAGUGGAUGGUGAUCGAGCGGUUGUCCAGGUCUUUGAGGGAACUUCUGGAAUCGAUAACAAGCACACCACCAUUGAAUUCACUGGAGAGGUACUCAAAACACCGGUCUCAUUGGACAUGCUUGGACGUAUCUUCAAUGGUUCUGGGAAACCCAUUGACAACGGCCCUCCCAUUCUUGCAGAAGCCUACCUUGACAUUUCAGGUGCUUCGAUCAAUCCAAGUGAACGGACGUAUCCUGAGGAGAUGAUUCAGACAGGAAUAUCUACGAUUGAUGUCAUGAACUCCAUCGCUAGAGGACAAAAGAUUCCUCUCUUUUCUGCUGCUGGUCUUCCUCACAACGAGAUUGCCGCACAAAUUUGUCGUCAAGCUGGUCUUGUCCAGCGGUUGGAGAAGGAGAAAAACCUCUUGGAGGAUGAGCCCGGUGAAGACAACUUUUGUAUCGUUUUCGCUGCUAUGGGAGUUAACAUGGAGACAGCUACUUUCUUCAAACGUGAUUUCGAAGAAAAUGGAUCUAUGGAGAGAGUGACACUUUUUCUCAACUUGGCUAAUGAUCCAACGAUUGAACGGAUUAUCACUCCUCGAAUCGCCCUUACUACUGCUGAAUACUACGCUUAUGAAUGUGGGAAGCAUGUCCUGGUCAUCCUGACGGAUAUGAGUUCAUAUGCAGAUGCGCUGCGUGAGGUUUCUGCUGCUCGUGAAGAAGUGCCUGGGCGUCGUGGAUAUCCUGGUUACAUGUAUACUGAUCUGGCCACCAUUUAUGAACGUGCUGGACGAAUCGAAGGCCGUAAAGGAUCUAUUACUCAGAUUCCUAUUCUAACUAUGCCGAAUGAUGAUAUUACCCACCCAAUUCCUGAUCUUACAGGAUAUAUUACGGAAGGUCAAAUUUAUGUUGAUCGGCAGUUACAAAACAGACAGAUCUACCCGCCUAUUAAUGUUCUGCCAUCUCUGUCUCGACUGAUGAAGAGUGCUAUUGGACAGGGAAUGACUCGGAAAGAUCACUCCGAAGUUUCUAACCAGUUGUACGCAAACUAUGCGAUUGGAAAGGAUGUACAAGCCAUGAAGGCUGUGGUGGGAGAAGAAGCCUUGUCUUCAGAGGAUCUGUUGUAUUUGGAAUUUCUUGACAAGUUCGAGCGGAAGUUUGUGGCUCAAGGCCCUUACGAUACCCGUGACAUUUUUCAGUCAUUGGACCUUGCCUGGUCCUUACUUCGUAUUUUCCCUAGGGAGCUUCUACGUCGUAUUCCCGCGAAGACUCUAGACGAAUUCUACAGCCGAAACUCAGACAACUGAUUGCUACUAAGUGGAUCUCUGAUUUAGUUUAGGGUAUGUUUCUCCUCACCAAGUAUUCCUGUGUUCUCUUUGUAACAUUGCGCUACUUAAGGGUUGCGAAAUAGGUGAGUGUAAUGUUCGCUGUCUUAUAAACAUGGUCCUUGGUUUUUGGAUCUUUAGCAAAAACAGCUUGCUGUUCUGCAGCUGUUCGAUUCUAAUCCUAUUGACUCCUCAUGUAAGCAAAGGGCAUUUAACUGGGUUGAGAUGAUGUUUGGUUAC